CAUGCGCACUAAACGUACUUCCUCCUCUAUUCAUUACGUAUUGAUAAACAUGUCAGUUGCUAAAAUUUCUCUUAAUCAAUUCCCAAACACAUUUAUAAUACAUUUCUCUACCACCCGACGCACUUCUAACAACAUUUUAAACACAUUUGCAAUAUCAGAUGACAUUGGAAUAACAGAAGAUACAUUCUCAAUAUUUAUCAUCUUUUAAAGACCAAAAUGAAAAUAUUGUACAGAGCAGAUAUAUAAGAUUGUUUCUAUAAAUCUAUGGUAGAAUUUCUAUGAUAUAUUUACUCUGAUAUUGUGUAAUUAACAAAUUUUCUGGACAUCACUGGCCAAAGUGUCUAUAUGACGAGUCUGUGUGAAAAUUUAACUUGGAUAAUUUUUCUAAAGAGUUUAGGGACAAAGGUAACACUGGACAGAAAUACAGCAGUCAAAAUAUUUGUAAACAAAAGACUAUAGAAGCAAAAAGAAGUAAAUAUAUAUAUAUAUAUAUAUAUUGUGAUUUUCGAUGAAAAAUAAUGGGAAAAAGUGGGAAACUAAAGAAUUUGACUUUUCCAGAAGAUAGAAAAAAAGGGAGGCGAAAAUUGUCACAUGAUUGUGAUGUCUGUAAAAAGUCCUUCUCUCAAAGGGGCAGCUUGAAUAAGCACAAGCGUGUUCAUACAGGAGAGAAGCCAUAUCAAUGUAACAUCUGUAGUAAAUCAUUCUCUCAAAAGGGUCACUUGAAUAUGCACAAACGUAUUCAUACAGGGGAAAAGCCAUUUCACUGUGAUAUCUGUGGUAAAUCAUUCUCUAACCGAAGUGAUUUAAAUUCUCACAAACGUGUUCAUACAGGGGAGAAGCCAUAUCAGUGUAACAUCUGUAGUAAAUCAUUCUCUCAAAGUAGUGCUUUAACUCCUCACAAACGUAUUCAUACUGGGGAGACACCAUAUUCCUGUAAUAUCUGCAGUAAAUCAUUUUCUGGCUACAGUGCUUUAACUGAUCAUAAGCGUAUUCAUACAGGAGAGAAGCCAUAUCAAUGUGAAAUCUGUAACAAAUCUUUCACUGUAAAUAGUACCCUAACGAAUCACAAACGUACUCAUACAGGAGAGACACCUUAUUCUUGUGAUAUCUGUGGAAAAUCAUUCUCCCGGAAUGACAACUUAGCUAAACAUAAAUAUAUCCAUACAGGAGAGAAGCCAUAUCACUGUGAUGUCUGUAAUAAAUCUUUCUCUCUAAGUAGUACCCUAACUAAUCACAAACGUAUUCAUACAGGAGAGACACCAUAUUGUUGUAAUAUCUGUGGUAAAUCAUUCUCUCAGAGUGGCAACUUAGCUUCUCACAAACGUUUCCAUACAGGAGAGAAGCCAUAUCACUGUGAUAUCUGCGGUAAAUCAUUCUCCAUGAGUUCUAACUUAACUGGACACAAAUAUAUUCAUACAGGAGAGAAGCCAUAUCACUGUGAUACCUGUGGUAAAUUGUUCUCUACAAGUAGUUACAUGACUAUACACAAACGUAUUCAUACCGGAGAGAAACCCUAUCACUGUGAUGUUUGUAGUACAUCAUUCUCUAACCGAAGUGCUUUAAAUUCACACAUACGUGUUCAUACAGGGGAGAAGCCAUUUCGCUGUGACAUUUGUGGUAAAUCAUUCUCUGGAAGUGGUAAAUUAUCUAACCACAAACGUAUUCAUACUGGAGAGAAGCCAUAUCACUGUGACGUCUGUGGUAAAUCCUUCUCUAACCAAAGUGCUUUCAAUUCUCACAAACGUGUUCAUACAGGAGAAAGGCCAUAUCAGUGUAACAUCUGUAGUAAAUCAUUCUCUGACCGAAGUGCUUUCAAUUCUCACAAACGUACACAUACAGGAGAGAAACCAUAUACUUGUAAUAUCUGUGGUAAAUCUUUCCCUCGCAACUGUGCUUUGACUGAUCACAGACGUAUUCAUACAGGAGAGAAACCAUAUCACUGCAACAUCUGUAACAAAUCUUUCUCUGCCAGCAGUAACCUAACUACUCAUAAACGUAUUCAUACAGGAGAGACACCAUAUCACUGUGAUAUCUGUGGUAUAUCAUUUUCUCAGAGUAGCGCUUUAACUAGUCACAAACGUAUUCAUACAGGAGAAAAGCCAUAUCACUGUGAUAUCUGUGGUCAAUCAUUUUCUGUAAGUAGUGCUUUAAUUAGUCACAAGCGUAUUCAUACAGGAGAGAAACCAUAUCACUGUGAUAGCUGUGAUAAAUCAUUCUCUCAAAGUAGUGCUUUAACUUCUCACAAGCGUAUUCAUACAUGAGAAAAACCUUUUCUCUCUAAGUGGUGACUAGACCCUUUAUCAUGCAGUUAAUUCUGUCGAAUGUGAUGUUUGUUUAUUCACAUUAUUUUCAAUUUGUCAUACAUUCACAGCUUUCAAAGUUUGCUGAUGUGAUUGUGUAUUUUUAGAAUGACAUUGUUGCGUAGAUGUAAGAGGCCGACUCUGACUAGUUUGAAUAUAAAAUAAGUAGAAUAAUUGGGCCAGAUAUGACAAGUUUAAAUACUAAAGAGUGGACACUAGAUGUACCAACAUUUCUUUCUUCUUACAAUGACCAUAGCGGUCAUUUUUGACUGUCAUUGAAAAUCUUAUUUAAUACAAUAUAUUUUAAAUAUCAGCAAAUGCAGUGAAUAAAGGAUUUGAAAGUACAGUCUUUUAGCAUUUAUUUACAUGCAAAAAAUAUAUAUCUCUACACAUAUGAAAUGAUGCUUAUGAUUGCACCAUUCAAUAGAGUUGUAGAAAUUAAAAAGUAAAAAGCAAAAGUGAUGAUAAAUGACCGCUCGGUACUGCGAGUGUUAACUGUGUAUCCAUAUAGAUGUGUGACUAUCAAUGAGACCAUUUAUAAGAACAAUAAGCAUUUUGAGCUCCUCCUAAAAUGGUGGUAGUGUUGUGGGUUUUCUCCAUGGCAACAACCAAACUACUCAUCAGGGAAUUGCUGUAAUUGUCAAAAUUGACUCUAUGCCAAAAAGAAAACAAGGGACACUCUGUAACUAUAUAUGUAUUCACACAGAAAUGGAGAAAGAACAGUGUGUAAUAACAGCCUUCCAACUCUAUAGUUUAUUUCACAAGACCUAAGAUAGCUUACCUGUGGGAUAUUUCUCUUUAAUAAAAGCAAUUUUUUCCAGAUUUUAAAUUUGUUUUGCAUGAAUUUUGUGAAAACUAAUAGGUGUGGCUGUGUGGUAAGCAGCUUAAUUCCCAACUACAUGGUUCUGCAUGGCACCUUGGACUGGUUUUUUUCUACUAUCACCCCCCCCCCCCAGGCCAAACAACCCUUUGUGAGUGGGUUUAUUAGAAGGAAAGUGAAAGAAACCCAUCAUUUAUAUAUGUAGGAAGCAUAUUGUCUACCUGGCUAUUAAGCUUUGAAUGAGAGUCUGGUCCAGCCUUCCAACCCAUGCCAGCAUGGACAACAGACAUUAAAUGAUGAUGAUAAUGUGUUUAUUUCAGUGUUGUCAACAUUGAUCAUGUUAUUAGGGUUGGACUAAAUCUGUUGCAGAGAUCAAAUGGUCUUAAGUAGCCAUUUGAAUGUUUUAGCAACUGUUUUUUUGUACCAAAGCAGAAAAAUUCUCUUCCUGUCCACCAGUUGUUAUAUAAGGAAUGGUCCCUCACGCCUUUAGCAGAGAGAAGAAGGGAGUAAGAUGAGAUCACAACUACCAAUGCCCAGCACAAUUAAACCAUGAACAUGCUACAGAAUUUCAACUGUUCCAGAUAGAGCUCGUUACAACUUGCAAAACGAGUUACUUCACAAUAUGCGAGACAUUUGCCAUGUAUUUUUAUAAGAGGUUGUAAUAAAUAAAUAACAGUUGCAUUCAA